UGGACAAACAACAGCCUCAUUCACAGUACCUCUGCUGACCUCAUUGUCUCUUUGUGAAGGGAAACUCCACAGUUGCAUUCUGUUUAAUAGUCCAGCACCGGGCACUCGCCUGACAGUCUCCUGUCGCUCAGCCACGGACCUCCAGAUGAGCUCGCAAACAAAAUGAGUCCUGAUGGAGACGCAUUAUCAGUCAUUGAGAACCCGGCAGCCGUCAGCCAUCCUUUUCCUUCUGAUAAGACAGCAGUAGUCGAACAAAGCGAAGGAGUGCAGAGCAGCUUGAAAAGGUUUCAUAACACAACACAUGCUCACAGGCUGGUGAGGCUGCUGGCAUCCGUGUGUGCACUUGGACUCUUGGGAGGCUUGGCUGUCAGCGUCUGGUUCCUAGUCAAAUUUCUCCUGAGGCCGUCGUCCCCUCACAGCGCAGUGGGGCUAGGGGACACAAAGGAGACAGCUUUCUGCAACGUGACAGACGAGGUUUAUAUUGCUGACCCCAGGAAAGUGUUUUACAGGAUCAGCCCUGAGAACUCUCUGCUGGAGAUCCAGCUGGGAAAGCUGCCCACCUGGCUGCCAGUGUGCUAUGAGCGGUGGAACUCAUCACUGGGAACACUGGUCUGCAGGCAGCUGGGUUAUCUAAGACUGGCCAAGCACAAAGGUGUGAAUCUGACCGAUAUUGGGCCCAACUACACAGAAGGCUUUCUUCAGAUAAACUCAGAAGAACGGGGAACUCUGGAAAACAUGUGGCAGUUCAGGCGGAGUUGCAUCACUGACAAGGUUAUCGCCUUGCAAUGUUUUGAAUGUGGCACACGAGCAAAGCUGACCAGGAUAAUCGGAGGGGCGGAGGCCGCACUGGGACGGUGGCCGUGGCAGGUCAGCCUUUACUACAGCAACCGCCACACCUGCGGCGGCUCCAUCAUCACCAGCCAAUGGAUCGUCACAGCUGCUCAUUGUGUGCACAACUACAGGCUACCGCAGGUGUCUAGCUGGGCAGUCUACACAGGAGUGGUGACACGCAACUUGGCCAAAAUGAUGGCGCGCAUGGGGCACACUGUGGAGAAGAUAGUCUACAACAAGAACUACAACCAUGUGAGCCAUGACAGCGACAUCGCCAUGAUGAAAUUGCGGACACCCCUCAAUUUCUCAGAUACAGUUCGCCCAGUGUGUCUGCCUCAGUAUGACUACAACCCUCCUGGAGGUACGCAGUGCUGGAUCUCUGGCUGGGGAUACACACAACCAGAUGGUGUUCACUCAUCUGACACCCUGAAAGAGGCCCCCAUUCCUAUCAUAGGCACCAACAAAUGCAACAGCUCCUGCAUGUACAAUGGCGAGAUCACAUCGCGGAUGCUCUGUGCCGGAUACACCGAGGGAAAAGUGGAUGCGUGUCAGGGAGAUAGCGGUGGGCCUUUGGUGUGCCAGGAUGACAACGUAUGGAGGCUGAUGGGGGUCGUCAGCUGGGGGAAUGGCUGCGCCGAGCCAAACCACCCCGGAGUUUACACGAAGGUGUCCAAAUUCCUCGAGUGGAUCUAUGAGACAAUGGAGAUUUACUGAGGUGGGAGUGUGAUGCAAGAGCACCAGAAAUGGUGGACAUUUUGACUACAAAUAUUGCUUAUCUAAUGUAAAGAUACAAUCAGAUAUAGACAGGGUGGGUCAAAAAUAGGUAUGAACAUAUUUGUUUAAAGCCAUUUUAAUAGUUGUUUUUUUAACUUAUUUGCCCCUUAGCAUCUGGGUCUUCGUGAGCUCCUUCCUUCCCAGAAAUUUAGUUUUGAUUACUGCAGUACAUCCUUAUGUCACUGAAACCUAAUUUUCUUUCUUCACUCCCUCACAUGUUUUCAUUUCUGCAUAUUUCUGUCACUUAAACCUUCCUCAGACCUGAUUUUGUUUUAAUCCCCAUUUUUCUCAUGUACCCAUCAUUCAUCCUCCCUUUCCUCCUCUAGACCCACUUUUUAUUUCAUCCUUUUUUAAAUUUUUGCUGAAAACAGCUUUUCUGCUUUCCUUCCUUCGGUACCUGUCCAACACUUAAGAAUUCAUUGUCUUUUAUUUUUAUGACAAAAAUGAUUUGCUAUAAUGGCUGUAUCUACCUGUAUUAAGAUGAUAAUUUAAAAGCGUUUUCAUGUUUG